UUGUUAUUGCAAAUAAAGAAAGUCAUACUGCAAACUCAGUUAAAUGCAAUGUGUUGAUUGUUUUACGCGAUUAAAAUUGCAUCAGAAAUCUAUUUCCUAGAAAUACAAUUAAUAAAUUUACUGAAUUUUCUAUAGUUUUCGAAAAAUGAAAACUUUAUUUGGAAUACGUAGCAAUAUUGCUGUCAUAGCAGUGGGUUCGAUUUAUCUAAUAAUAUCGCUUAAUAUUAGCAUAAAUGGAUUAAAUAAAUAUAAAGAAUUUCUCUCAGACGAGCAUACACCGUACAGUUCGUUGUUGUUGAACACCGAUACAAAUUUUUUCCACAUUUUUACACUGAUACUUAGUCUGAGUUGCUUACUUGCAUCACUUUUAUUAAUUUUGGGAGUUGUAGAAAAACGUCAUUCUAUAUUGCAACCAUGGCUAAUAGUUAAUUGUACUUUAGAAGUCAUAUUAACAAGUGGUUUAUUUUAUUUACUAUAUUUAUUGACUAAAGUAUUUUAUAGCAGUUGGAGCAAUGUUUGUGGAAUACUUUUGGCAAUUACUAUAAAUGCUAUAGUAGUGGCUUUUCAUGACUAUCUGCGUAAUGGCAUUUACUAUUUAUACAAAACGUUCCAGAGGGAAUCCACAAGACUAUAUCGCGUUAUAGAUAAUGAAGCUAAUGAUUCAAUUGAUAUCGUGUAAUUACUAGAAUGGGUCACUAUUACUUAUAUGUUUCAUUUAACAAAACGAUUAACUCGUGUUUGGUAAUUUUUUGUAAUAAAAAUAUGCAAAUGUUUUUAAAAAAUUAUGUAUUUACUUUAUUGUAAAUAUUUUCUUAUUUUUUUUUAUCACGGACUUAAUCAUUUUGGUUAAUGAGGCAUUGAAAUAUUUUCAAAUAAAUUAAUUUAUAUAAAUGUA